AUGCCUGCCGCGGUUCUACUUGUUUUGGAAAAAAGACUGCAGUACCCUUCCGUGCUUACCCUCUCACAUCCUCUGCCUUGCUCUUACCACCCUCUCACAUCCUCUGCCUUGCUCUUACCACCCUCUCACAUCCUCUGCCUUGCUCUUACCACCCUCUCACAUCCUCUGCCUUGCUCUUACCACCCUCUCACAUCCUCUGCCUUGCUCUUACCACCCUCUCACAUCCUCUGCCUUGCUCUUACCACCCUCUCACAUCCUCUGCCUUGCUCUUACCACCCUCUCACAUCCUCUGCCUUGCUCUUACCACCCUCUCACAUCCUCUGCCUUGCUCUUACCACCCUCUCACAUCCUCUGCCUUGCUCUUACCACCCUCUCACAUCCUCUGCCUUGCUCUUACCACCCUCUCACAUCCUCUGCCUUGCUCUUACCACCCUCUCACAUCCUCUGCCUUGCUCUUACCACCCUCUCACAUCCUCUGCCUUGCUCUUACCACCCUCUCACAUCCUCUGCCUUGCUCUUACCACCCUCUCACAUCCUCUGCCUUGCUCUUACCACCCUCUCACAUCCUCUGCCUUGCUCUUACCACCCUCUCACAUCCUCUGCCUUGCUCUUACCACCCUCUCACAUCCUCUGCCUUGCUCUUACCACCCUCUCACAUCCUCUGCCUUGCUCUUACCACCCUCUCACAUCCUCUGCCUUGCUCUUACCACCCUCUCACAUCCUCUGCCUUGCUCUUACCACCCUCUCACAUCCUCUGCCUUGCUCUUACCACCCUCUCACAUCCUCUGCCUUGCUCUUACCACCCUCUCACAUCCUCUGCCUUGCUCUUACCACCCUCUCACAUCCUCUGCCUUGCUCUUACCACCCUCUCACAUCCUCUGCCUUGCUCUUACCACCCUCUCACAUCCUCUGCCUUGCUCUUACCACCCUCUCACAUCCUCUGCCUUGCUCUUACCACCCUCUCACAUCCUCUGCCUUGCUCUUACCACCCUCUCACAUCCUCUGCCUUGCUCUUACCCACAGGGCGCCGAGCUCCACAUCUCGUUGCAAAAGGCCGAACGAGGCAAGCCGUGGCCAGGCGCCAUUUUAGGGCACACUUUGGAUGCGUUCUCUGCGGACCAGGAGUCGAGACGGCUCUUGCUGGAGCGAUUCCAAAUAGAGAAUCCCGGGUUUGACUUCUCUGGAGCAGAGCUCACAGGAUCGUGCCCCGACCCAGCAGCGUUUCUUGGUGGCAUGCAGAGGCAAUAA